UCCAUGUAUCUUCUUUCUCCAAGUUAACAUACAAGCGUCACAAAAUUCGCGAAUUCGGUUGGCUGUGCGUAUUUGAAAAAGUGAAUUUUGCCGACUUCUUAUUGGUCGUCCUUUCUGUCUUCUAUGACGUCACGACCACAUCCGCUGACAUGAGGACGGCUUCGAUACGAAAAGAGAAGGAAAACAGGAAAAAAUCAUUUGCGACAACACUGUAAACUUAUGACAAAUUUCAGAUUCCUUUUAAAAUAAUUGCUUUUUUGUCAUGGGCGAUCACUGAAUCAACCUAACCCAGUCUGGUCACGUGGCGGUCGUGCAGACAUAGAUCACAUUUAUAGAGUUUAUUGUUCUACGGCUCCCUCACAGCUUCCUCCUAUACAGUGUGUUAGCUGUGCUAGCUAGCUUUAGCAAGGGAUGUGUAGUUGCCAUCACCACAUUGUUAGUUUCAGUUAGGUCAGUGGCAGUUUAGAAAAGAGCGCCCUAAUCCGGUCACUUUACCGCUGGACUGCUUUAGCUCGUGGAGGUGGGUGACAACAAUUGGACGAGAAUGGCAACAUCGGCUCUGUACGCCUGUACAAAGUGUAACCAGCGGUACCCGUUUGAGGAGCUGUCGCAAGGCCAGCAGCUGUGCAAGGAGUGUCGCAUCGCACAUCCAAUAGUGAAGUGCACCUACUGCAGAUCUGAGUUUCAGCAGGAAAGUAAAACCAAUACAAUCUGCAAAAAAUGUGCCCAGAACGUCAAACAGUUUGGAACACCCAAACCCUGUCAGUACUGUAACAUUAUUGCAGCCUUUAUCGGGACAAAGUGCCAACGUUGUACAAACUCAGAAAAGAAAUAUGGGCCACCUCAAACCUGUGAGCAGUGCAAACAGCAAUGUGCCUUUGACCGCAAGGAGGAAGGCAGGAGAAAGGUGGAUGGAAAACUUCUGUGCUGGCUCUGCACGCUGUCCUAUCGUCGAGUUCUGCAGAAAACCAAGGAACAGAGGAAAGGCUUUGGCUCCUCGAAUUCCUCAUCCCUGAACGAGAAGGACCAUCACUCAAGGCAGCAGCAGCAUCACCACCAUCAGCAUCAAAGACGCAGCAGCUCUCACCAUAAACUGAGUGGGAGCUUGAGUCCUGAGCAGGAACAAGGAAUGUGGAAGCAGAGCCAUAAAUCAUCUUCAAUACAAAAAGAGACUCCAAAGAAGAAACCAAAACUGGAGAUGAAGCCAUCAAAUGGUGACAGGUCUGAUCAUUCCUUUUCGCAAAAUUUCUUGCCCAUCUUGCCGAGACUUAUCAUGGGGUCUGUCCCCCUAAACAGUAGUUCCAUCACCCAGUCCAUGGAUUCAGGAGGAACUGACAACUUCAUUCUCAUCAGUCAGCUGAAAGAAGAGGUGAUGUCACUAAAGAGACUCCUCCAGCAGAGGGAUCAAACCAUACUCGACAAAGAGCGAAAGCUAACAGAGCUGAAAGCCGACUUCCAGUACCAAGAGUCCAACAUGAGAGUCAAGAUGAACCAAAUGGAGAAAGCACACAAAGAGUCCAUGGAACAGCAGCAGGCCAAGAACAGAGAGCUGAUGAAACAAGUGGCCGCACUGUCCAAAGGAAAAAAGUUUGAUCGGACAGGAAGUUCAUUGCUGCUGCCCUAACAAUUUGCCGACCAUUGGUUGCCCAACACGAGAGCGACUUCAUUUUGCCACUGUGAAAGUCUCUCUUCGUGUUCUCUCUUGGCCAUCAGCAUCAAUCUCUUCUUUGUUGGUCAAUCCAGAAAACAUGUAGUCGCACGUGGAAACAAAGAAGAUCUCUCUACAAAACACCAACGUAUUUUAGAUAUUUUUGGGUGACUUUUUUUCCACUGGACUAUAGAAUGCAACUUGGAUGUGGGAUGGAGCCCUCAUUUCUUAGCACUGCCAGCUGAAACGAAAGCGUGUGGCAAGCAUUAACAAAUCCACCGGAUUUUUAUAUGGGCGUUACGUGCUAUUUUUUUAUUUAUUCAACUGUAUCUCUUACCCCCGCCCCCCCCCCCCCCCCCCCCCGCCCCUAUUUCCUCACACAACACAGUACAAGAAUAUCCCACAUUUGGGGUCUUUCUUCAAGAGCUAUUACUUAUAUUUUUCUAAAUGAUUGUGGAGGACAAGUUCUCCUGAAUGGAGAGACUGCGCAACUUUAUAAUGUAUGCAAACAGGAGGUGUGUGACAACUGAGCUGCUGCUAACAAGACAACACUCAGUAACACUCCGUGAAACAAUCAAUGUUGAAACAUCUUCUGGAUGGAAACCUCUCUCGGCUGACCUCCUUUUCACAGUGUGACAGCCAAAGUGCUUUGCUGUUUAAACUUCAGUGGAACGAUUGUAAUUCUGCAUGAAUUUACCACCUUUUGGGACUUCUUUAAUUGCCCUUUUUAAAAUUCUUUUUUAAAAUUCAAAGAAACACUUUUAAAUGUAUUACAUUGGGCUCAACCGUUGUAUUUAAACUCUUGCUUGUAUCUGUUUUAGUGAGUACAGUAUGUGUAUGGUGAGGCCAGUUUUAAUGAUGAUCAUUUAUAGAAGUUGUUUUUUUUAAACAAAACACUCCCUUCACCUCUCAUUGGGCUGGUUUCAUACAGUGCUGUCAAAGAACACUUUUGUAUUUUUCCCCCCAAAACAAGUGUUUUUAAAACAAUUAAAACUGGCUAAACUGCU